CAACAGUUCACCGGCUCUGUGGUGGGUACAGGCUGGUCUGCAAGUACUGAUACACUACGUAAAUGGUCGUAGAGCACUGCACUGGCAUUUAACAUGUUCUUGCCUGAGAGAAAACAAGUCACUGGAGAACAUUUUUUUUUACACUGAUGAUUUUUAGGAAAAAGACUGGAUGAAUAAAGAGUUUUAUUUGUGAAGCAAUUAUUUUUUUCUUCAUGUUUUGAAAUACUAAGAUAUUGGUGCGACUCUUUAUAAGCAAGAAAAAAGUACCUUUAUGGAUCUUGAGAGAGGAAAUGUCAUUGCUCCCUAUGUAGGCCUCACGGAGCCAUCGGAUUUCAAAAAAAAUAUCUCAAUUUGCGUUCCGAUAAUUAACGAAGGUCUUACGGGUGUGGAACAGCAUGAGGGAAAUAUAGAAAUGAUUGACACAACCCUAUGAGGAAAAAUGAGAACGACAACCACAGAAGAAGCACAGCCUGGGUUGACAACUGCUUCCUAAAAUAUUUAUUGUGUUGAAAUCAUCAAUAUUUAAGGAGUUUAUAAAAAUCAUACAUCAACAGAAGAGGCAAGCAACUUCGGAAAGACAUUACUUUUGUGGAGCACAUUAAUGAUGGCAACAUCCGAGGACCUUUCAUCCCAGUCUAACUCGACCCAAACCGUGAAAUAUGAUCCAAAGUCUCAAACUGUAACGUUACCAAAUGGGUUGGUUUCUGUGGCGGGUGUCACGGUGGUGACGGGGGGAGCGGAGCUGUCCUGUGGCUCCUGUAUGUUGGCCUUUGGGGUUUGGGGCACUCUGGUUGGUUUGAGUGUUGUGGCACUGGGUUUAUGGGACCAUUUAGAGUACCAGAACAGUGGUCUGUCACACCUUCUGGCUCUUGGAUUGGUACUGCUGCUUACCAGUACGAGCCUGGUAGCCAUGAUCUUUGGCCUCCGUUUCUUAAUGAAAAAGAGAAGAAUGAUGGCCAGAAGAGAGAGGGCAGAAGCUAAUUUAGUGUUGGUUAAUGAUUAUGCAGAAGUUGUUUUAAAAAGAGUCACUGUGUAAAAGAGCAGCGAAGUGAAAAAAUAUGAUGUGAGUUUUGUUCUCUCUGAAUAUGUCAGACUCCCCGCUGCUUCAUCUUUCUAUUUCUCCAUCACUGUUUGCUUAAUCAUGAAAGAAUGUCACAGGAAAUCCAUUGGGUUCACUGCUACAGGAAACACUUAGCUAUUUCCUGUGUGAUUUAAGAAACCACAAGAGACAUUUGCUUCUGCGUUCAUGUAUAUUUAUUAAAAACAGUUUAUUUACUACUCUUCAAAGGACUGUUACAUUUUGAAUUUAAGAUUGAAUGAAUAUUAUUCCACAGUUUUUAACUUUUCAAACCUAAGCCCAUGUCAAUUUUUGUACUUAUAUAUUUUGAUAUAUUAUUAAUGUAUUACAUAAACUACAUUUUCUUCAUUGCCAUAUGCUGUCAUUAAAAUGACAACAGGUCCAAUUACAUCACAUCUGCAUAGUUUAGCAAAUAUAGAUAUAGUAUAGGAUAUAUAACAUUGUUAACAGCUUGUGUGAUUGAGAAAACCCACUGCCUAUUUAAAUAUACAUAUAUAAAAAAAAAUUUUGUGCAUACUG